AUGAUGAGCCUCAAAUCUUUCCUGACUGCUUCGGCAGCUAUCACUCUCUUUUCUGGGGCCAAUGCUAGCCUACUCAGGCGUACCGAAGAGCCUGGUAAACCGUCCUGCACGGAUUUCACCCCUUAUGUUUACACUGGCUGCUUCCAGGAUCCCGGCCCACCAGACCCAAGUGUCCUUCUCUACAACUCCGGCCUGGACUCCCAGAAUAUGACAAUCCAACAAUGCACGGCGUUCUGCAAAGGCAACGACUAUCGAUAUGCCGGCUUGGAAUACUAUGGGAAAUGUGUGUGCGGAGCUUCCCUCAAUGGUCCUCAAGUCGACGAUUCGCAAUGCACCUUCCCUUGCACGGGGGAUAACACUGCAAUUUGCGGUGGUAACAACUUGGUCUCCGUCUACCAGGACCCAACCUUUCCAGCGGUAGAUAGCACGGAUAUUUCAGACUACCAACACUCGGGAUGUUACGCUGAGGGACCAAGCGGUCAUUCAUUGACAUGGAGGCAGAAUUCGGUCAGCGAGGCUAGUACGACUGUGGAAGCGUGUCUUCAUGCUUGCAAGGCGGGUGGAUUCCCUCUUGCUGGUUUGGAGUACGGCCAAGAAUGUUAUUGCGGAGUGGUCCUUAGUGAUGGCACAACGUCUGUGGAUAGCACCCAGUGUAAUAUGGCAUGCACAGGGGACUCCUCGCAGUCGUGCGGUGGAAGGCAGCUUAUGGACCUGUACGUUGCUCAUGAUCUCGAAAGUUCUCAGCCCUGUGGUGGUGGAGGAGGAUCGUCAUCUUCAUCCUCGUCCUCGACUACUCCACCUACUACAUCACCAACCACCAGUCCUCCUGUAUCCACUACAUCGCCCACUACAGAGCCCACCACUGAGCCUACUACUGAGCCCACUACUUCACCUACCACGUCACCAACCACGUCACCAACCACCAGUCCUCCUGUAUCCCCUACCUCGCCGACUGAACCUCCAAACACGACGACUCCAGUAACGACAGCACCCUCGGUUUGCACUUCCACCACCACCGCUUCACCGACACCUACUUGUGAAUAUAAAUGUGGAAAGUGGUGCUCCAACCCCCUUCCAACCUUUGGCGAUAAUCCAUCAUGCCUGAAGGCACAAUCAAAUUGUGUUUUGCAAGUGGCUUCCUGCUUCGCGCAAGCUGGAUGGCCCGACAGUAUCAAAUGCUUCGACUUCUCCAACUGGUGUCAGUCCGUCUCGACCUACUGCCAAAACACCUGCAGGGGAGGAAGUUGUUCAAACCAAGGCUGCAAGUCCAAGUACCCGCCAGCCUCGCCCCCGACGCCUCCCAAGCCAACAGUCUCAACCGUUACCUACGCAUGCCCCGUAACCAGCAGCUCCAACAACCCAACAAAGCCAUCCACAACCUUGACUUCAAAAACAUCUUGCACUACUGUUGUGCCCAUCCCAACUAAUAGCAACAUCUGCAACCAGCCUCAUAACCCCUCCAAAGGUUAUACCUCCCAAACCCCCGUAGGAAGCAUCCCGCUCCCCUGCCUGACAUGCAACAACGAGCCCACAGACUUCAAGAAAGGGAACUGCUUCAAGCUCUACACAUCCCCAGACUCCAAGAAGUGCCCGUCCUACCCUCGAGGAAAGCCAGCGGAUGCAUGCAAGGAUGCCUGCGACGCUCAGUACGAUAGCUGCGCCGGCACAUAUGCUGAGGGCUGCAGAGGAAAUUCAAGACGGCGAACUUCCAACCCGAGAUUUGGGGAUUCGUUCGGCACUGCGACCAAAAAGUGCAAGGAUCAGAGACAGGAUUGUUAUGAUGCCAAUUCGGGCGUGAAGCCCAGUGGUGGGAGAUGCGAUAGGUUCAAUUCUGGAUGGUAUUAA